GUUAGCUGCCUUGGAAAGCGUGUGGUGGUGGUGGAGGUGGGGGGCAGGAGAGGUGAAACGUGGAUGGAACUACUGGCCUGUGGUUCACUCGCUUAGGGACCAGAGCUGGCAUGAGGGAAGAGCAUACACUCCAGCCAAAUGGCGAGGACGAACAACUCACCACCCGGACUUCGCCUGCUGCGGCCUCCCACUGUGAUAGGCCAGUUCCACACUCUGUUCUUCGGCUCGGUGCGCAUGUUCUUCCUGGGCGUUCUGGGAUUUGCAGUGUAUGGAAAUGAAGCGCUCCACUUCAGCUGUGACCCGGACAGCAGGGAGCUCAACCUCUUCUGCUACAACCAGUUUCGACCGAUAACGCCGCAGGUGUUUUGGGCCUUACAGCUGGUGACCGUCCUGGUGCCGGGGGCGGUGUUCCACCUCUACGCGGCGUGCAAGAACAUCGAGCAGGAGGACAUCUUGGAUGGUCCCAUGUCCACGGUGUACUACAUCAUCUCGGUGCUGCUGCGGAUCAUCCUGGAGGUGGUGGCCUUCUGGCUGCAGAGCCACCUGUUUGGCUUCCAGGUGGCCCCGCUCUACACGUGUGACGCCAGCGCGCUGGAGAAGAGCUACAACUUCACCAAGUGCAUGGUGCCCGAGCACUUUGAGAAGACCAUAUUCCUCAGCGCCAUGUACAUUUUCACCGUUAUCACUGUCGUGCUGUGUGUCGCGGAGGUCUUUGAGAUACUUUCCAGGAGACUUGGCUAUUUGAGCAGUCAAUGA